UCGGCUGAAGGACGGGAGGUUGAAGGCAACGCAGCCAGCGUCGACUCGUCAGACCAUUUAAGAUAUAAAACAUAAAGGGCGUUUAGUAAUUAACGUCCAACCCGCGUCAACGCCCCUCCCCUCGAAACUACCUGCUAUCGCUCUACUUGCGCGCCUCUAUUAACACGGGCUACGGCCACUAUACGUGAUGAUGACUAGUCAGCGCGAUGGCACAACCUCUCGUCUUCGCCAGGCUCUUAAUCCAUUAAGAACCACAGCACUUGGAGGUUAUCAUAAUCAGCUAAACACGCCACAUUCUGCUGUCUCAAUUGCUUCACCACAUGCUUUCGCUGGGCUCCAAACACCAGCUAGUUCAAUACAGCCCUAUAAUCCUCAGGAAUGGGCGCCCACUUCUGCGGUGGGCCCUCCCCCGCCGUUAACACUAAACCCGCAAGUCCCGGCGCCACCUCCACCUUAUUCCCCUCCUCGGAGUCAGAGGCCAACCAAUACGGUCCAUGAGACGCCGCCAGCAAAUAUCUCCGCCGCGCGGAUUCCCGCUUCAAGUGUCCAUCGGCCUUCGCCGGAACCGCCAAAUAACCAAAGCUUUCCUCCACCACCGGGGUCAAAUGGACGUGGCGGCUCUCGAGAUAGGCGUUUUGGCUUAUCAUCAUUAACAAGACGGAGAGACCGAGGUACUCCGGAAUCUAUAUCACCUCCCGAUCCUCACCCUUCUAAUUCAUUAACUCGACCCCAAACCCUUACGAUUCAGGUUCCCAGUCCCCUCAACUCAGCAGAAAAUACACCACCUUCCAUACCCCCUAGUUCCCGCAGAGCAGCAUCGGCGAGUGCAGUUGAGACGCCAACGUCGGCUAGGUCUAGAUCUACAUCGCAAUCGAGAUGGGAGCCCGGAAUGCCCUUACCACCGCCUCCUCCAGGCCCUCCUCCAGCCCAGUCCAGAUCACAAAGUCUUAAUAGGACAAGUGAGCCUAUUGUUUCCCCUCCUACUAGAAGACCACCUCCCAACGGAGUGACUGCACUUGGCCCUGUCCCUCCGACCCCUGCUGACUGGGUAAGCGACGAGCAACAAGUACGCAGUAGAUCGCCCGAUCGAAUUGGGUUAACUAUUGAUACAGCUGCUGCCGCUGCAUCUAGCCCGCCGGCUGUCCCCGAUUCAGGCUCCGGAUCCAGCUCUGCCGGGCUAAACCGGACGGGUGCCGUUCGUGGUGAAAAGUCCUUACGCGAAAGACGAAAUGAGAGUCGGACUCGACAAAGAGCGGAGGAUGGAAUUCAACCUUUAUCUGACAUUAUAGUUCCUAAUGGGUCAAGUCUAUCCCGCAGAUUAUCAGUUCACAGGGGGACGCCUCGAAGCGGUGGUAAAACAAUCGCCGAUACGCCAAGAUCUGGAGAUGACGCCAACGUGGAUUCUAGAAAUUUAACUCCUCGUCCCUCUACCGCAUCACAUCCAGAGACACCGACGCCACCCUUUUCCCCACGUCCGCAAAAGGCGUAUCAGGUCGCAGAGCUGGGUCACCCGAUCGCCCCAAAAGCCCUCCCUACACCACCGCCACAGAGCCGAUCGGCCUCAAAUUCCUCUCAAGCACGACCAGAUAUACGUAGCUUAAUGAACGGCAACCUGUCUACUGAUUCAACUUAUCCCACAACUAAACAAGCCGUGGUUGGUCAGACUCCUGAGCAAUUCUGCCGAGGAAGCAUAGAGCGUUUCCAAGCCUUUGCCAAUCAGGAGGUAGCGGCGGAGUCAGAUGCUGAGCGGGUAAAAUUAUUUGCCGAUUUCAUAGUCCAUGAGUCUCGAUUACGUCGGGAGAGAUAUGCGUCAGCGAUCGGAGCUAUGGGGUCUGAGAUUUUCGACCUCACCCGGGACUUAUUCCGUCCCAUGAAGAUGCGCCGCGAUUCAACAAAUUCACAAUCAGGAGAAUGGACACCGCAGAUGUCGGAACCAAGAUCGCAACGGAACUCGAUGACGUCUGUUUUCCGCGAACAGGUGCAAUCCAACUCUGCACCACCGUCCGCAAAUUUACCGACCUCCAGCUCGCCUGCCAAUGGUCCCGUAAGUGGGAACUGGGCUUCGCAGUAUAUGCCGUCAUUAUCGCCUAUUCUCAGUAUGAGCGUUAGUGAACAGCUGGAUGGGUCGAGCUCACGGGGUCGACCGGCAAGUCGCUGGUGGGAAACGGAAUCCGGCGGUGGAGAGUCGAAUAGAAUGGAAAGGUCAAAACGCGAGUCAAAGUACAUGGGCGUGCCAAAAGAAGCGCGAGAAGCUCUGCAAUGGGAAGAUGAACCAAGUACCGCGGGAAGUCAUGCCGGGUCGAGCAAGCAUUAUUCGGAGAAUGAAUACCCCCCGGAAAAGGUUGGGUGGCACGAAUCAAAGGAGAUGAGUACGCCUCAGCCAUUUCGAAAUUCUCUCUUAUCUCUAGGGUCAUCCGCGCCGAACACUCCGAGUCCUUCGCAUCUGGAUGUAUCACGACUAGUAACGCUACCGCCGCCUUAUCCCCGACAUCACCCCGCAGUAAAUAAUAACCACCCAGAACUAUCGUCUACUCGAACAAGGGUGAGAUCUUUAAGCGAUAUGCAAGAGGUUCAGGCGACAAAGGAACGGUUUCUACACGACAGCCAGAGGAUACGUGAGGAAGCUGCUCAGGGAGCCUCUUCUAGACUAAAAUCACUGCGCGCGAAUCUGCACCAGGAAAUCAGCGCAGGCGACAUGUCAUAUGCUGAAGCAGCCGCAAUCGAGGCCGACACACAGGCAUCUGAAAAUGCCAAAGCCAAGGAGAUAGAAAAACAGGAGUUUGAUCGGUUCCAGAACGCCGUGGUCAUGCCACUUAAUGAACUACUCACGGGCCGUAUCGCACAAGCCACGUCACUCUUCGACGAAUUACGAUCGCGCCUCUUCGUCGAGACUCAGGCGCCCGAUCCCAAUAUGCCUCAGGAAGAAGGCGAUGAACAGCCAGAGCUCCUCGAGAAACUAACACUACUCAAAUGGAUUUUCGAGGCCCGUGAAAUGCUACAUCGCGAGAUAUAUGACUUACUAAGUAAUCGCAACGACCGCUAUAAGGAGAUGGUGCUUACCCCGUACCGACUAUCCGGCAACGAAGAGAAGCUCCACACGGCAGAAGCCUUCUUCAUGGAUGACGCUUAUAAGCGGAAGCGGGCGUUUGCGGGCGAGGUACUGCAGCGCACUUGCGAAUUCCGAGACGUGGUAGAGGAGAACGUGACGCGCGGCGUCGACAUGCAGCUCAACGCAUUCUGGGACCUAGCGCCGCCCCUACGACGGCUCCUGGAUAAGAUCCCGGCAUCGGUCGAUGGGCACUUCCACAUCCAGAUCCCACCCGCCGAGUACGACGAAAACCCGAGCUACCACCGACACCCGCUGCAGUACCUGUUCAGCCUGCUGCUCCACGCCGAGAAGAGCACGUACCAGUUCAUCGAGUCGCAGACGAACCUGCUGUGCCUGUUGCACGAAGUCAAGGAGGCGGUGAUGAGCGCGCGCGCCAGGGUGGGCGAGGCAGAGGGCCAAGACCUCCGCGUUAUCGAGGAGGAGCGUACUGCCGAGCAGACGAGGCUCACGGAUGAUCUAAAAGAAAAAGUGCGCGUCGUACAGGAGCAAUGGGAAAGCGCGCUCGGCGAAGCUAUGAAAGGGGUUAAGGAACGCGUGGGCGAGUGGCUCCUGUCGACGGGCGGAUGGGACGAGAGUCUCGAAGACGGAGGUGUUGGUGGCGUCUAAGCAGAAAAAAAAACCGCCCAUCCCCUUUUUUUCUUAUUUACGGUUCAGAGUUGUUUUCUUGAGACUAUAGACGUUGGAAAAAAAAACUUCCAAAACGAACAAAAAAGUUGCAAGGCGGGAGCGUCGGUGUAAUGAAAUGAAUCAUUUGCAGCCGAAUAUUAGCGCGCGCUUGCUUGCUUGCUUGCUUGUGUGAUACCCCCUUUUAGUUCAUGACGGAUAUGAUGAUUAUACGACACGGUUAUUUUUCUGUUUACCUAAGGUACCUCUCUUUGCGGUUCUCGGGCUGAGACGAUGGAAUCUAUUCGGGAUAUCUUAUCUUUAUUAGCCAGCCGGCCUAUAUA